CCCUAAUCUCCUAUUUUUUUCUCCAACCCUAACCUCCAUUCCCCACCUCCAAAUCCUGCAGCCGCAUGCUCUCUGUUAGCUGCCGCGAUGAAUACCAUCGAAAACAAAAUCUGCCUCCUCUUUACCUGAAGGAUCUCAAAGCUUUAAUUUGUGCUCAUCGUUCAAGCAGAAGAAGACAACAAAAUACGACUAGCUUAGGUUUAAAGCCAUCUCAAGAGCUUCUACCAAAACUACACGGAGUGGUGGCCACUGAAAAAAUUGUUCGUUAUGUUAUUGAUUAUUGCUCUGGCCGGAGGCUAUCUCAAUGCUCUCAGAAACAAACAAGCGGAGAAAAAUGUUCUCUGAGAUGUAAUCUGAUUCUUAGCCAUGGAUUUGGUACUCGCAUUAGACUAUCUUCGCGGAUUCAAGGGAAGGGACACAUAAUGUUGAUCGAUCUUGAGGUCUCCGCAAAGCUUUCUAGAUAGUUUCUACAAAAACCAAAAACUCCAUAAAUUCCUCAACCAAUUGAAAAAUCGUGUGACAGAUCAGAUCCGAAGCCAAAGCACAGGUGGAAGAUUAAAGCCUAGGUGUUAUGUAACUCAGUGAACAUGUGCAUUGAAUAUGGGUAGUGACAAUAGAUAGUGAUGAACAUGAACAAUGACCAUAGCAUUAGAUAGCGGUGCACAUGAAUGGACAGUGAGUGGAUGCAUUGAGAAAUAGAAUCAUUCAGGAAGAGCGUUGUGCAACACUUGGGCAGUGAGUGAAUGCAUUGAAGA